AUGAGUGGCUCUAAGCCGGACAUCCUGUGGUCCCCUCACCACCCGGACCGGUAUGUCAUCUGUGACUCUGAGCUGGGAUUGUAUCGUAUUGGACCUGUGGGGAGUGCAGAAACCAAGGCAGGCACGCUCCCCCUCUCUGAAGAAACUGCUGCUACUCUACUCGCCAUUAACUCCGACACCCCGUAUAUGAAAUGUGUGGCCUGGUAUCCGAAGCAUGAGCCGGAGUGUUUGUUGGCUGUGGGCCAAGCUAAUGGUAGAGUGGUGCUCACCAGCCUGGGCCAGAACCACAACUCCACAUGUAAAGAGCUGGUGGGGAAGGAGUUUGUACCCAAGCAUGCACGCCAGUGCAACACUUUAGCCUGGAACCCAGUGGACAGUAACCUGCUGGCUGCUGGGCUGGACAAACACAGAGCAGACUUCUCUGUCCUCAUAUGGGACAUCAGCAGUAAGUUCUCCCCAGAGGCGAGUGUCACUGCGGAGAAGAUUCGCCUCUCAUCUGUGGAUUUGGACUCUAGCUCAGUAGUGACUAAACCAUUAUACGAAUUAGGCCAGAACGAUGCCUGCUUAUCCCUCUGCUGGCUGCUCCGCGACCCAAAGCUGCUGUUGGCUGGUAUGCACAGAAACCUUGCAAUAUUUGACCUCCGAAACACCAGCCAGAAAACGUUUGUCAACACCAAGGCCAUCCAGGGAGUGACGGUAGACCCACACUUCCAUGACCGGGUGGCCUCUUUCUUUGAAGGCCAGGUGGCCAUCUGGGACCUGAGGAAGUUUGAGAAGCCUGUGCUCACACUAACUGAGCAGCCAAAGCCCCUCACUAAGGUACGGUUCUGUUCUUGAAGACAUGAGCAAAACAGUACCUGUGGAACAAUACAAACCUUUUUGUGUUUGUUUUAACUGCACAUGAGUUAGUUCUCUCAAAUAUAAAUGAAAAGUUUAGAAUAUUUCUGUCCAAACUACUUAAUUAUCUCAGUUCAUUUAGUCUUUUGUUUUCCACAUUUUGAAAAUUAAAAAUACUUGGGCAACAGGUCACAUAUACUGUUUUGAGCCUCUUACCAAAAUAAAGUGCACAGCAGUAUUUUACUUUUACAGAUAAAGAAAAUCACAAGGUUUGAGGAAGUUGGUAAAAUAAUAAUUACAGAACAAACUAAACUGGUGGACGGGCCUGUCAUUCUGGCAAAAGCAAAAUGCUAAAACGGCUGAUUUCAGACCUUUGCUGAGGUAGAUAAGAUCGGUGGAUAAAAUCGUUUUAUGUGUAAGGAUCAGCCGAUCACUGAUUGAGGGAAUAGACGCUGAUUGACCGGUGCAUGUUUACUUUUAACACCUUUAUUUGAUUGAAAAUAGCACUUUCUUUCUUUCGUUAACAACACUGUAAAAGUUUGGGAACCAAAGAGACCAGUUCCUGUGGUUCUGAAAGUCCAAUUCUGGCCCAUUCUCUCCACAUAGGAUUAAAGCUGCUCAACAGUUCAGGGUCUCUUCUGCUGAACUUUCAAAUUUUAAUCCCCCAGACCACAGGCGGGUUUUUCUCUUCCACUUAGUCCUUCUUCAAUAAACUUAAGCCCAGAAAAGUCACCAACAUUUCUGGAUCACAUGUACACAUGGUUUCCUCUUUGCAUGGUUCAGUUCUAACCCACAUUUGUGGAUGCAGUAACAAACUUUGUUGUGAUUUCCAUGCAGUGACUUCCACUACAAAAUUCAUCUCUGUAUUUAAUGUGAUCCAGUGUCAGUCAUCAGCCUCGUUCAUUUUAUGCACAGAUUUCUUCAAAUCCUCUAAAACUUUUAUAUUUUUGACUUUAGAUAAUAAAAAACUCAAAGUUCUUUGCAGUUUUAUUCUGAUAAAGUCGAUGUUUGUUUCUCUUAUUUCCAGGUGGCAUGGUGUCCAACCAGGACAGGCCUGCUCGCAACGCUCACAAGAGACAGCAACAUUAUCCGCCUGUAUGACAUGCAACACACUCCUACCCCCAUUGGCGAUGAGACAGAGCCCACCAUCAUCGAGAGGAGCGUGCAGCCCUGUGAGAGCCAGAUCGGCAGCUUCGCCUGGCACCCGUCCUCUCAGAACCGCAUGGUGGUGGUGUCGGCGGCCAAUCGGGUCAUGACCGACUUCACCGUGUUCGAGCGCAUCUCGCUGGCCUGGAGCUCCACCACGUCGCUCAUGUGGGCGUGCGGCAGACACCUGUACGACUGCGUGGAGGACGGGGGCGAGGGGGCGGAGAGCGCGAUCGAGAAAGACAUCGCCACCAAGAUGAGGCAGAGGGCUCAGUCCAGGUACGGGCAUGACACGGUUCAGGUGUGGAGGAACCACCUGCUGGCAGGAGGAAACGAUCCUCAGCUCAAGUCUCUGUGGUCUGACCUGUUUUAUAUCCUUGUUUAUGAGGACGCCAUCCUGCUUAUCAUGGCGGAUCAGUGAUUGUGGAGUUUUGAUGGUGUGCAGGAAUGAAUGUUGUCAGUGAAUAUAACUACAUUAAUCAAUCUGAUAUUGUCACCUGUAACAUUAUUUAUGAGUAAAACAUCUUUCAGUUCGUUUUUAAUAGAAGAAAUGUGAUAAAAUCUGUGUAAUAGUUCUUCUCCUCCUCGAUCAGCCAUGUUUAUCAAUAAUAUUGUUUAGUAUCAAUAACAUUUCCUAUAAGAGCUUCACAUAUGAAGCAGUGUGCAGAGGAUAUGGAGCUGAAACUACAGGGGAACAAACAGUCUGUGGUCUAUUCUGGUAUCAAGAACAUCGUAAAGACCAGCUCAGGUAAGUCUCAGACAUGAUUAUGAGUUAAAGUAACAUUGCUAAAUUAAGCUCAUUAAAUGCUCUUUGUAUACGUUGUCCUGGUUUCUUCAGGCACCACAGAGAGCCGCAGGUGCUGGAGCGGCUCAGACCGACAGACAGAUGUACCGCGUUACCUCAGCGAGGAGCGCUUCCUCGCCCUGCGGCUCUGUGGCUGGAUCGGACGAGGUCCAGAUAUCGAUGUUGAGAUUUUCCUGCGAUCCCUGGAGCAGGAACGGGAGUGGGAGCGGGCGGCUGCUGUGGCUCUGUUCAACCUGGACAUCCGCCGGGCCAUCCAGAUCCUCAACAAGGGCGCCAGCGCUGCGAAGGGUGUGUAUGCCAUUCAUGAAGGAGUGCAAGACAAUGAAGGGAAAAGACGAGAAUAACUGCAUAUGUGAUAUAAACAGUGAUAUAUGUGUUUGUUAUAUACACAUUUAUGUUUACAAACUGACAUAUUUAAGCUGUUCAGAUGUGAUUUUUAAAUUUUAGAGGCAAAAACAAACUUCAAACGUGUCGUAAAGUACGUUUCUGUACAAUCCUGAUAAACACCGAGUGCUUGUUUUUUUCCCCCUCUGAGCCGUUUACCAAAUGAAUUUCAGAUCUCCAGGAAUUCCAAACAUGUAACAGCAGGAGACUCUUGUUUUUCACACAACACUCAUCUUGUAUCAGCUGCAGCGCUUUUUCACACUGAGCUUUAAUGGAAACGGAGAGAGAACACUGCUGUUUACACACGUCUUGACAUAGAAGAAUUCCACCAAUGUAGGUCAAACGCUUUUCUGCUGUGUGCUCUAAUGAGUGUUUCCUGAGGAUGACUGAUGGGGUGAGUCAUUAGAUAAGGUGUGUCAACAGAGCCUGCUCCACAGUUACAGUGUUUUCUCUCCAACUCUUGCACCAUCACUUUGGCCUUAAAAACCCUCAUUAUUAUAAACUGUAAAUAAACAAAGAAGAAGAAGAAGGAGAUUUUUGGCCUCUUUUCGGUAGAUUCCCGAAUCUUCUCAGGACUUUCUCGUAAAUGCUUCUCCCUGAUUAAGUUUUUAGUGUCAUCGGAUAAAGAUGGAGUUGUUUUUAGUGUCAACCAGCUGCAGAAAAAGAGCUUUUCCUGCUCCUCUGAGCUUAUUUCCAAUGAGCCUGAAAGCUAGCUUACAUUUAACAACCCCCUUAAAAUCUCCACUAACAGACCCCCGGGCUCCACUUACAGUAAAGACUCCUUGUUGUGUUUAAACCUGCUUACCUGACUUCCUCUGUUGCACAGGCGAUCUGAACCUGAAUGUGGUUGCCAUGGCGCUGUCAGGCUACACCGACGAGAAGUCCUCCUUGUGGAGAGAGAUGUGCAGCUCUCUGAGGAUGCAGCUGAAGAACCCCUACCUGUGCGUCAUGUUUGCCUUUCUCACCAGUGAGCCUGGAGCCUACGAUGGCGUGCUGGUACUGGAUGUCUUACUAUCACUGAUUUCACGGCUCUUUUGCAAACACGAGGAAAGCAAGUGGAAGAAAAAAAUGUUAUUUAGACUCUGCACUGCUGCUGGUAGAUAUGAGUGGGUGUUGUUGCAGAGCUGGUUUGCGAGUCUGUAUUUAAUUGGAUAUGUUGCAAAAACAACAAAUCAAAUGUUGAAGCUGGUUAUGCCACUACUUCUCAAAAUAUACACGCUCAUCUGACGCUGCUGCACAACUCUUGUGAAACCUGCCGCUGUUGUCAGAUUCAAAUUGAGCAUACAUUUAAUAUGUUGUCUUUGCACUUAUUUCAAUUAAAGUCAGAGUUUAAACUAUUUACAAACCAUUGAAUUCAGAAGUGAUGCAACACUACAGUCACUGGGAUUGUGAAAGCAGACUAUUUUGUUCUUUCCCAUAAGGUACUCAGAGUUUAUUCAUGAAUCGCCUUUAAUCCUCCAGAGCUGCAGAUGUGAAACAUGCCCAGGCACUGCAGCUAUUUAGGCCUUCAUAAGGGCAAGUAGAAAAUGUCUGCUAGCUGCCUCUUCUAUAGCAGUCACAUGAUCAGUUAAAUGAUAACUAACAUGAAAAGUCACAGAGUAAAUACAUCUGAGCUGAUGAUAUCAGACGUCUAGCACAUUAAGAAUAAGAAUAACUUUUUUAAUCCCAGAAGAGGAAUUCAGUUAAAAAAUCAUCACGGCAGGGUAACAUCAUCAUGAAGCUGACAGAGUAUUCAGCAGGAUUACAUGUGAAAAUGUUUACAAGAUUAAAACCAAAGAAAAAGAUAGAAGUCAUUUACUGCAAGGAUAUUUUUGAUCCUUAGGAUGUAAAUAUUGGAAAUGAUUCUCCUUCUUAAAGCUGCUUUAAGUUUAUCUCUAUAGGGAUGGGUAAUAAAUUAUCGUUCACGAUAUAUCGUCAGUAAAAUCCUCCAUGAUAAACAUUUACCAUCUCAUGAUAAAUACGAUAAAUGCAAGUUGAUGACGUGAGUGCGAGCCACAGAGACUUGUCAUCUGAGACUUGUUUGAUGUCAUUAGUUUCCUCCAUAACCUAUCACUCAAACUUGUGGUUAAGUAUCUUAUUUGAUGAUUCCAACUGGUGUUCUCAAGACAAAAUGAGUCAAGAAUAUUGAUUGGUAUUAUAAUAUUUUUAUCGGGACUUUUAUUGUUAUCACCAGAAUGGCAAAUCUUAUCGUGAUAAAACUUUUAGCUCAUAUUGCCCAUCCCUAAUCUCGAUCCCUUAUUAAGAAGGAAACCUUUUUUUACACUUUCAGUCAAAUCUCCUGCAUUUUACCAGAACUACAAAAGUAUUUAUGUGGACUGACUUCUUUGUCUGUGUUUCAGUAUGAGAGCAGUGUUGCUGUGCGAGACCGGGUCGCCUUUGCUUGUAUGUUUCUCAGUGACGCCCAGGUAACGACACAAAGCCCGUCUUUCAGCAGCAGCUUAAGCGCUCAUGUUACUAUACGAUAGUUAUGCAGACGUCUCCUGCUUUAUUUGGCUGCAGUUGCCUCGUUACAUCGACAAACUAACCAAUGAGAUGAAGGAGGCGGGGAACCUGGAGGGCAUUCUUCUGACGGGCUUGACCAAAGAUGGCGUGGACCUCAUGGAGAGUUACGUGGACCGCACAGGAGACGUACAGACCGCCAGCUUCUGCAUGCUGAAGGUACAGAAAAAACAGUGGACAUUCUCAGCUUGUGCGCCUUAUAUUCAGGAAUCUACCCCAGAUAACUAAUUAUUACAUCAUGAAGCUCACGCCGAUGCCAAAAACAUGUCAUCCAACGAUAAAGAAUGUCCCCAUGGGGAGGGAAUCACCUUGGCUCAUUAUCACAUGCUGUUAAGUCAAACUGGAGGGUAUAAAUGACACCAUGCUUUCAGAAAUGACACGAAGGAAUGUCUGCAUGCUCGAUACUUUCCUCAGCAGUUAAGAGUGUUUACCGGCCUGAUGUUUGACAUAGUUACAAACUCCUGGACCAUUUAAUUUAAUUAUCAGUGAGAGGUGAGAACAGCAUGUGACAGUGAAUCUUGGGGUUGUAAAAUCAGGGGUGUGAAAGGGAGUUAAACCCAGAAUACAACCUUUAAAAACAAACACGUUAAACUGCGACACAGUCAAACAGGGUUCCUACGCAAGUCUGGAAAAUAUGGAAAAGUACAGAAGUAGUUUGAUCAAUUUCCAGGUCUUAAAAAGCACAGUAAAAUAUCUAUGUUUCCAGACUAUUACCACAGUUCUAAAAAUAGAAAAGCAGGUAUUUCCAAAAAUAAUUCUCAAAAGUAGGGUAUGGAAAAGUAUGUAAAGGGAUCUGUCAGUGUCAUUGCUGCGUUGAGAUCCGAGCACAUGCUAAAACUUGCUGGUUCAUUUCUAAGAGGUCACAGCUGUUAUUCCAAACAUAAUUACCCUUUUCUUUAUAACAAUAUAAAACAAGCCUCGUUUGCUCUCUUGUUCUCGUUUCGAUAGACGCGGACUAAAAGCAAAUACAGUUGUUGAACAGGUCUGUAACUCUUUAACGUGCUGCAGAACAACACUCCUGGUUUGCAUGAUUUCUUUUCCUGUUCGAACCUGUUCAUGGACAGAAACUGCUCUUGCAAAGUUUUCCUCCACCUGUGCAGCACUUCGAUAUGCCUCAUUUAUAUCUUUCUGCAUACACUGUCAUAUUCAGAGUGAGGUUUGCAUUAAAGGGCAGGGAAGGGUCACAUACAGUUAAGAUGAAUUGAUGUAGUGAAACAAAGCUCUAAGAAAGAUUUAACUCUUCUACUAGGGUUCCCCAGGAGACGUGCUGAAAGACCCUCGAGUUCAAUGCUGGAUUGAGAACUACCGUAACCUCUUGGACGCAUGGAGGUUCUGGCACAAACGGGCCGAGUUCGACAUUCACAGAGGAAAGCUGGACCCCAGCUCCAAACCACUGGCCCAGGUAAAGAAAAGGAGGAUUUGUUGAAUUAUGUAGAAUAAACCGACAGAGUAAUAAAGUCUGUUUGACAUCAAUAAGUCAGACAACACCUGCUGGAAACACGUGGAUAUCAGAGUGUAGGUUUUCUGAUAGAAGAACUCUGUAUAGAGAAUAUAACCUCAGGUCAGUGCUUUGGUUGAUUUAUUCUUGUUAUUGAGGGUUUUUUUUUAACUAAGCACGCCUUUACUUUAUAAUAAAUUAUAGUAUAAUGCAGGAAUCAUGAUAAUGAUCAUUUUGAUGGAUAUUAAGAUCACAAUCAUCAUGAUUUCACAUCUGCAUCAGCUGGAUUUAGACACUCUGAACUCUUUGAAAAACAGAUAAUAGACAAAUGAACUUCCAUAAGUGAAACUGAACAACAUUAAUUAAAAAAAAUCCAAUGUAAUCACACUGAAAGGGACCAUGCAUCAGUUUUUCACUCUAGUUCAAGAGCUUUGACUUCACUUUAAUGAUGAUACUCACGAAACUAGAUUCCAGAUUUCAUUUGUAGAAGAGACUUUUACACAACGUGAAUAAAAUUAAAGGGUUUGAGCUCUUCUGCGACGAGGGCUGCAUUUAAUCACAGGUGGAAGAUUCAGGAUAUCACUCAGCCUCUUUAAGACUUUAUAAUAACAAGACUCACAGGCUAAUACUGUUUGGUAUUUAUGCUGAUGUACACACACACACACACGCACACACACACACACACAUCUACCUCCUUCUGCUCCUCUCCCUGCUCUCCUCUCUCCACCUGUGGCUGUAUGACAGUUUGUACAGCAUACAGCAGUCCAUGAUUAACUUCAGUGACGAUGGUGGAGAAGGGAGAGCUUUAUUGAGGAAGGGGCGGAGCUUAUACUCUGCUGUAAAGAAGAAGAAACCUCACAGGAAAUAAUGAGUAGGCAGCAAAGUUAUCGUUCAGUUUCUAUUAUCGUAUUUUUAUGACCCUCGGGGUGCAUUAACUGUAAUUAAAAAAUAAUAUGAGAUUAAUCAGUUAGCUCAAAUGUCUACGACACAUUUAGAGGAGCUGACAAAUAUUCUACAGUGAAUUUAGAGACAAAUUGAAAUAAACUCUGCGGCUGUUGGUAGAAAAACAAUUUGAUUUUCAAGAUGCUGUUUUUUAGCUUUUGGAAACGGUUACAAAAUUCUAACUAUUGUCUUAUUUCUUCAUAAACAUGCAGACUGAAUUAAUUAAGAUUGAGGGUCGACAUUUCAGGAUUCCUCUUUUUGAGAGAAAAUCUCAUUGCACACACCUCUGUAUUACACCAGAGCUCUGCAGCCGGCCACCAUCUGACUGUCACAUGUUCAGUUAAAUCGACCUUGAGAAUUUGCUAGUGAUAGAUUUCAGUGCUCUCGUCAAAGCCUUCAUAGACAGAGUACCUUUGGACCAGCAGGGACACCUGGAUCUUACCCAGGAAAACAAAACCUAAGACAAGACCGUGAUACUAGAGUAUUUCAAAGAGUGUGAUCCACGCUCUUCAACCUUUUUCUGAAGGGCGGCUCUGACUUCACUCCGCUCUGGUUCGGGCUGUACGGAUGUUUCAAAUCAUAACUUUUGUAGGUCAAUGAAUGUUCUUUUCUACAAACAGCUUGAACUGUUUUUUACAACACGGAUACUUUUGUGCCAAGCUCGUAACACUUAUAAUAAUAGUCAUAAAAGCUGUGCUCUAGCUGGUGAUCUCUGUUUGCACCUCUCACAUUAAAGAGGACAGUUUUACUGGUGCACAUGCUGUACUUUGAUAGAGCUUAUUAGCAGGUCGAAUAUCUAAAAAAUGCUCUUGAUUAUGAAUACACAACCUCAUUGACAUUUCAGGAUUCACAGCCAAGUAUGGUCGGGAUAUUGCAGUAUUAUCUAAGUCUUAUCUCCCUCUCACCUCAGAGUGAAAACCUGACAGCUGCUGAGUGUGUGCUCGUUCGUUUCCACCUUCAUGUUCACCGAUCCUUAUCAACCGACCUUUGUGUUUGUCUUGUGUGACAGGUGUUUGUGAGCUGCAACUUCUGCGGGAAGUCCAUCUCCUACAGCUGCUCGGUGAUGCCUCACCAGGGCCGCGGCUUCAGCCAGUACGGCGUCAGCGGCUCGCCCACCAAGUCCAAAGUCACGAGUUGCCCCGGCUGCAGGAAGCCCCUGCCCCGCUGUGCCCUCUGCCUCAUGAACAUGGGCACACCUGUUUCUAAUUGCCCAGGUAGACUGUUAAGUGUGUGGACUGAUGUUUGUGAACAGGAGCAGCUUAAGUGUGUUACUUAACUGAGCGCAAAGUCAGGACUUUGAUCAGCAUCAGAGGACACAAUAUUUCAUCAGUUUCUUUACGUCUGUGAUGUCCGUCAUAAACAUGGAUACACAAGCAAAUUAUAUUGACUCUAAUAUUGACUCAUGGAUUACUCUCCUCUGGCAGGAACAGGGAAGUCAGAUGAGAAGAUGGACCUGACAAGGGAGAACAAACUGGCUCAGUUCAACAACUGGUUCACCUGGUGUCAUAACUGUCGCCACGGAGGCCACGCAGGCCACAUGCUCAGCUGGUUCAGGUGGGACUCUUCAGUGGUAGCUGCACAUGUCCGGAUGGUGUCCAGGCCGCUGUGGUCUGUUGUUUGCACCCUUUGUUGUUUGUCUGACCCACUAUGUCUCUCUAACUGUUAAUAUAAGGGAAAGGUUACGCAGGUUGCGCUGUGGUCAGCUGUAAUCCUGUGGUUGUUAGAGGUCCUGUUUUAAACAUGCUGUGCUCUGUCUCAUGCAAGGUUAAGUGGUUCUACCGAUCUAAAUAAAGUCACUAAAGCUCUUAAGUACCAGUAAAUGGUAUUUUGCAAAGAUUUGUCCAUGUUGAGAUCCAGCUAAGACGGAUGACUCUCUCUUCCAUCCUCCUUGAGGGAAAGAUUAUCCUCUGGUUUCAUUUAAAUGUAACCCUUAUUUACCGUUAACAAAAAAGCAACGAUGAGUAGAAAAAAAUUUUCAGAAAGUGUAAAAACUGCUUUGAAUCGCAGAAAUCGUUUUAAGUCAAAGAAAAGAUCAGGUUUAGUUCAAGCUCAACUCUACUUUUCUGAAUUAAGGGCUCUGAAUGAACAAGUUUUGGGAACACUUUUUAAGAUUACUACGCCAGACACCACAAGACCCUUUACAAAAGUGCUUGAUCGGAAAGGUUUGCACUUUUGUAAAUUAUUGUUUUACAGUACCACAUAAACGACUAACAGAGAUGAUCUUGUUUGUAAGGGUAACAGCUCUUCGGUGUAGUUUUGUGACUCUUUUAAAAGCCACCGAACUAUGUCGACUAAAACUAAUGAAGUUGAAAUUUUGCUUUAGAUCAACUAAAAAUCCCCACAAAGUUUUUCAGCCUUGUGCAGUUUGCUCUAGUUUAAGUUUUGAUAUGAGCUGUAAGCACCGCCAUGCUGCGCUGUGCACUCUAAUCCUGACAUUGCUAAAUUCUUUCUGCUUACAUGAUGAAGCCCUCAGCUGACCCAAACCCAUAAUUAUCAUAAAAAUGGUAAUGACAUCACAUUUCACAUUUUCAGGCUCUAUGCAAAGACAUAUUGUUUCUAGGUUAUCCAGAAGUGGAGUUGUUAUUUUUGAUCACUAGAGAGUUUGAGCUUGACGGUGCCUGUAAGUGCUGUGGCCUGAUUUCCACUAACUUUUAGCAGAUGGAUAAAAAUCUCUGGUAGCUGGUGACGAGUGCAGGUGUCUGUGAAGUCUUUGUCUUUUGUAAUGAAGUGUGUUUGCAUAGAAAGGGGCAUAUUUUGCUCCAAAUGAAUCAUUUAAAUGUUUGCAAACAACACUGGUGCACACGCAGUGACACUAUUUGCUCUUCAGCACAGUUUUUGUUGUAUUUAACUCUGCAUGUGCUCUGUAAAUUGGACAAUGCCUUUUCUGCUUGUUGCACAGGUGAAGUGGGUACGUAAUCCUUUUGUAUGUCAGGCCUUCUUUCUGGUAAAUGUGUCUGCAGACUUCUCUGGAUGCAGUGUGUCGGCUGGCUUAUGGUUUAAAAAGGAUCCUACCUUUAUAUGAGAGGUCUGUCUGUGUCUGUUCGGGACUUUAACUUUGUUUCAGAGAUUUUUAGAGCCGUCAUAACUGGUCAGAAGCAAAAAUACAAACUAUAAGUUGCCCUGUUAGAGAGGUUUACUAGAGUAUAUGUAGAUAUUUCUGGACAGACAAUGAAAUAGUUUUCUCUUCUUCCGUCUUUUGACAGCAUGAAAAGUUCACAGCCUUGUUGUGCUCUUCCCAGUGUACAAACUUCUGCUUUAUCUGCUUUCUCCAUGUUUCCUCUGGACUCCGUGUUGUUUUUUAAUUGACCCACUGUCUGUGUGUCUCUUACAGAGACCACACAGAGUGCCCAGUGUCGGCUUGCACAUGUAAAUGCAUGCAGCUGGACACCACAGGGAACCUGGUGCCUUCAGACAGCAGCUAA